AUGAGAUCUGAUUAUGAAUUUACUAAUUUAUUGGGUACUGUGUACAGGCGAGGUAACAUUUUGUUCUCAUCUGAUGGGACUCAAUUGAUUUCACCAGUAGGAAACAGAGUUUCAGUUUUCGAUUUGAUUAAUAACAAGUCCUUUACUUUUGAAUAUGAACAUAGAAAAAACAUUGCUUCAUUGGACAUAAAUAAACAAGGAACAUUAUUAUUAUCAAUUGAUGAAGAUGGUAGAGCUAUUUUGGUGAAUUUUAAAUCUAGACAGGUUUUACAUCACUUUAAUUUUAAAGAUAAAUGUCAAUCUAUAAAGUUCAGUCCUGAUGGUAAGCAUUUUGCCUUAGGAUCAGGCAGAUUUAUACAAAUAUGGAAAACACCAGAUGUAAAUGAAAAUAGACAAUUCGCACCUUUCAUCCGUCAAAGAGUACAAGCAGGUCAUUUCCAAGAUGUCACUUCUUUAACAUGGUCAUACGAUUCUAGAUUUAUUAUUUCUUCUUCAAAAGAUUUAACAGCAAGAAUAUGGUCAUUAGAUUCCGAAGAUAAAGAUUUGGCUUCCAUGACCUUUGCAGGACACAGAGAUUAUGUGAUGGGUGCUUUCUUUAGUGCUGAUCAAGAAAAAAUAUAUACUGUUAGUAAAGAUGGUGCUUUAUUUACCUGGGAAUAUUCAUCAAAAGAAGAAGAGGAUGAUGAUGAUGAACCAGAUUUAUCAAAAUAUAGUUGGAGAAUUUCAGAGAAGAACUUCUUUUUCCAAAACCACGCUACAGUUAAAUGUGUUACUUUUCAUGCCAAAUCUAACAUGUUAAUAGUAGGUUUUAGCAAUGGUGAAUUUAGAUUAUAUGAGUUACCAUCAUUUGCGCUAUUACAACAACUAUCAAUGGGCCAAAAUCCAGUAAACACAGUAUCCGUUAAUGAAACAGGUGAGUGGUUGGCCUUUGGCUCAAGUUCUUUAGGGCAAUUAUUAGUUUACGAAUGGCAAUCUGAAUCGUACAUAUUAAAACAACAAGGUCACUUCGACGCUUUGAAUGACCUAACGUAUUCUCCAGAUGGUUCCCGUGUUGUUACUUCUUCGGAAGAUGGUAAAAUUAAAAUAUGGGAUGUUGUAUCAGGUUUCUGUUUAGCAACUUUUGAAGAACAUACCUCAUCGGUGACUGCCGUACAAUUUGCCAAGAGAGGUCAGGUCUUAUUUUCUGCAUCUCUUGAUGGUACAGUCAGAGCAUGGGAUUUAAUAAGGUACCGUAAUUUCAGAACAUUCACAUCGACUGAUAGAAUUCAAUUCAAUUGUUUAGCAGUUGAUCCUUCUGGUGAGGUUGUUUGUGCAGGUUCUUUAGACAAUUUUGAAAUUCAUGUUUGGUCUGUUCAAACAGGUCAAUUAUUAGAUACACUAGCCGGUCAUGAAGGUCCAGUAUCUUGUCUUGCUUUUAGUCAAGAAAAUGGUGUUCUAGCGUCUGCAUCAUGGGAUAAAACUAUAAGGAUCUGGUCUAUCUUUGCUAGAUCUCAACAAGUUGAGCCAUUAGAAGUAUAUUCUGAUAUUGUUGCAUUGACUAUCAGACCAGAUGGUAAGCAUGUUGCCGCUUCGACGAUAAGAGGCCAGAUUUCAAUAUUUGAUAUUGAAGAAGGUAAACAAAUUGGUAAUAUUGAUUGUAGAAAGGAUAUUAUUUCUGGUAGAUAUUUGGAAGACCGUUUCACAUCCAAAUCUUCAGAAAGAUCUAAAUUUUUUACAUCUAUUCAUUAUAGUUUCGAUGGUAUGGCAAUAAUAGCUGGUGGUAAUAAUAAUUCUUUAUGUUUGUAUGAUGUUACCAAUGAAGUUUUAUUAAGAAGAUUCAUUGUCUCUCAAAAUAUGACUUUAAAUGGUACGCAAGAAUUUUUGAACAGUAGUAAAAUGACAGAAGCAGGAGCUUUAGAUUUAAUUGAUGAAGAUGCUGAAAAUUCUGAUCUAGAAGAUCGUAUUGACAGUUCCUUACCUGGUUCAAGACGUGGAGGUGAUAUGUCGACAAGAAGAACUCGUCCUGAAAUUAGAGUGACUGCUGUUCAAUUUUCACCAACUGCAAAUGCUUUUGCUGCAGCUUCUACAGAAGGUCUACUGAUUUAUUCAUUAGAUAAUGUUGUUGUAUUCGAUCCAUUUGACUUGGAUAUUGAUAUCACGCCUCAAAAUACCAUUGCUAGCUUAACCAAUAAGGAAUACUUAAAUUCUUUUGUGAUGUCCCUUAGAUUGAAUGAAGUUUACUUAAUUAAUAAAGUUUAUGAAUCCAUUCCAGUAAGCGAAAUUCCUUUGAUUUGUUCUAACAUUCCAGUCGUUUACUUACCAAGAAUAUUACAAUUUGUUGGUGACUUUUCAAUGGACUCGCCACAUAUUGAAUUUAAUUUGAUUUGGAUCAAAUCUUUAUUUUCUUCUCAUGGUAGUUAUAUUAACGAUAACAAACACAUAUUUGGCUCGUCGAUGAGAUCUAUUCAAAGAUUUUUAAGUAGAAUCGCUAAGGAUGCAGUAGUUGCAUCGGUAGAUAACAAAUACACAUAUAGAUUCUUAUCUGGAACUGAUGGGAAAUUAAACGAUGGUAGUUCAGAUAAUGAAACAGAGUUUACUAGCGCUUACGAAGCUGAAGGUGCAUCUAAUAGUGACGAUGACGUAGCGAUGGAUGUAGCUGAAAGUGAAGAUGAAGGCUGGGAAGGUUUGGAUAAAAAGGAAAAUAAACUAUCUUUAAGCGCAGAAAUCGACGAAUCUGACGAUGACAAAGAUUUAAUAUAA